AGACAAGGUCGCGGGUACGGCACUUCUUGGUUAAAUCGAUCUGCUUGAGUUUGUUCUUACGAUGUUGGCCACCUUCGCUUUGUCAUUCCUAGCUGUAGUUAGCCUGACGUUCAGCCAAAACAUAUAUCCAGAUGUUUGGCAUGCUAUCAUCGAUGAAGCCACUGUUGGAAACAAACGAGUAUUCGUCACUGGUGACGUCCAUGGAAAUCUGCGUCCUUUCAUGACGCUAAUGCAGCAAGCAAAUCUUCUCUCCCCAGAUGGCAACACUAUCGCCGACGAUGCUAUUGUUAUCACAUGUGGAGAUCUCGUCCAUAGAGGGCCACAAAGUCUCGAAUUUGUGAGACUAAUUAGAGACACGCCUAACCUGUACGCAGUGAGAGGGAACAAUGACGACAAGCAAAUGCUGUUGCGUACUGACGAAUGGACGAAAAGAGCGACUGAAAAAGACUGGGCUUUUAUGAAACAACUGCCGUAUACCAUCCGUGUCCCUUCAUACAACAGUACAAUAGUGCAUGCUGGACUUUUACCAGGAAAACGACUACAAGAUAACACGGUGUUUGAGAUGACAAGCAUGCGCAAUAUAAUCAAAGACGAAGACUGUAAUUGGGAGGCAACAGACGAUACCAAAUGGGGAUACAAUUGGGCAGAACGAUGGAAUGGAAACAUGCACAUAUUUUUUGGACAUAACGCAAGAAGAGGUGUAGAUGCUGAUGGUAACCCUCUAGUGAAUUUUUACGGGAACGCAACUGGACUUGACACAAAUUGUGGAAAGGGAGUCGCAUUGAGCGGUGUAUUUAUGCCCGUUACAGAGACACCUAAGGUCUAUUCCACCCCGUGUCCAAAGCCGAAAAAAACAAAGAAACCAAAAAUGUUUAGAAAAUGA